UCGGCGGCAGCCUCGAAAUCCCUGGCGACCAACCAAGAGGAAUAAGGGCUGCAGUUGCGGAAUAGAGCCCUCUUCGAUUAGAGUUGUCAGCUAACGUCAUUGUGUUGCUACCAAAUAGUGGAGAGGGAAAUCAAUUUUUAAUGCCCGUUUUCGGCCUCCAUAUCCGGACUCGAGAUGUUAUCGUGAGAUGAGGGACAUUAUGUGACGGAUUGAACUUCUACUUUGGAAGAAGCACUUGAAGGUCUCAUUUUCCCCGCCAGUGUUCCAUCCAUUAUCCUCCGAAAAGAACAAGUGACCAUGUGCGUUUGUUAAGAUCGCCAAGAUGAGAGGUGGAACAGUGAUUUUUGGAACUUUGGCCAUUCUGGCGGCUCUUCUGCCCGUCAUGAGAUCCAACUUUAUCCCACUCGAAGCGGCUUUUCAAGGUCGUUGUGAGAAUGGUCAUCCGUGCGAUCAGACCUGCUUCAACAUUCAUAAUGAGAUGUUUGAAUGCUCGUGUACAGAAGGAUACGCCCUCCACUUCAAUGGAUAUAGCUGUUUAAUGUUGAACGACACAACAGUGGCUGAACCCGAAGCCAAGGCCGCUGAUGUCAGGUCAAUUUUGAAGACUGACGAGGCAUCGUCCCCUAACCUAGCCAUACAAAUUGAAGUUGACAUCGACCCUCCACCCCACCAGCCCAAUGAUCCCAGCGAUGCAGAGCUGGAGAAGCUGGGCCUACCAACUCACCAUGUGCAUUAUUCUACGGGGACAGCCGAAGCUCAUGGCAGUCGUCAACUCUCCUCCUUACCCCAAGGGUCUCAAUCGCCAAUCCGUCCAAGCAAACUUGAUGACGAUGAAGAUCCCUCACACUCUUUCAUUGAACCCCCUCGAGUACUCCCAUCCAUUUCAGGGGCGAGAAAUCCCCCUAACUUGACGCGACCGAAAAGUAAACUCCUGCCUCCGCCAACAAAGGCGGAUCAGGGUGACGUUGAGGAAUAUAAAGAUAAAGUCUAUGAGAUCGACGCCUUCUGUAAUCUCGAAUGUGGAGUGGAGGGAGAAUGCUUUAUGACCCGGAAUGAAAAAAACAUCAUCAAGAAGAGAUGUUUGUGUCCGCACGGCAAAUAUGGAGAGAAAUGCGCACUGGAUCGUUACAUCUCGUCCCCUAGAUUCAGUGGCCACUCCUACUUGGCCUUACCCACCUUGACCAAUGCCUAUUCGGACCUUCAAUUGAGUAUGGAAUUCCGACCAGCGUCCGGCGAAGGAAUUCUUCUCCUAACCGGAGAAUCCGCGGACAUGACAGGCGACUACCUGGCCCUCAUCAUCAGAGACGGUCACAUUGAGCUCAGAUUGGAUUGUGGAACUGGCCCUGGAAUUGUUCGGACCCGUGAUCAAGUCCAUCUGCAUCAAUGGAAUCGGCUAACGAUCUUCAGACACGACUGGGGCGUAUGGCUGCAACUCAAUGAGGGUGUCCAUGAAGAGGGAAGAUCGCAGGGUCUGUUUUCUCGCAUCACUUUUGCACAACCGGUUCUCCUGGGGGGGACAGGGUCCUUCAGAAACACGGGUCACUUCCUGGAUACCAACCUCGGGUUUCGAGGAUGCAUUCGGCGCCUGGAGAUCAACAACAAAAUCUACAACUUUGAGCCGUCUGAGAGGCAGGGUGACACCUUAUUUGGCAUGGAUACAGAUGAAUGCCCUGAGGACAGUUGCAGCUCGAUCCCUUGUCAAAACAAUGGCGUUUGUGUGUCAGCCGAUUCUGGGAGCGAUGAAAACCUCGAUCUCGUGGGUGCUUUCGAGGUUGGAGUGUCUGGCAUUCUUGCCGCCAUGACGCAGCAAGACCAGGAAUAUGACGAUUUCAAUCAACCUCUCCUGGGAGUUUGUCAAUGUCCUCUGGGCUUUUCCGGCGAAUAUUGUGAGAAGCCCGUGGAAGUGAAGAUCCCGUCGUUCAAUGGCACUUCCCACCUGACCUACUUUGGCCUGGCAGACUCGUCUCCCCUGUGGAACGACUUUGAGGUCGUGUUGAGGUCGGAGGCCGAGGAUGGUCUCAUUCUGUACAAUGGCAACAAUAACGACGGCUCGGGCGACUUCCUUGCCUUGUUCCUUAGCCGAGGAUUUGUGGAAUUCGCAUUUGACAACGGUGAUGGCGUGGCUUUGGUCAGGUCUGAAUAUCCAAUCACCCUCCAUCAAUGGCACACGAUCCGUGUGUCGAGGACCGGUCGUUUGGCCUUUCUCUCCGUGGACGGUCAAAACGUCCAAUCCCAGAUGAGUCCAGGAGCCUUCAAUGAGCUCACAGCCAACCAAAACAUGUACCUGGGAGGGGUUCCCACGUUCAGACUCGUUUCACCCUACAUUCCCAUUAGGAAAGGAUUGAAAGGAUGCAUUCAAAAGCUUUCCAUUAACCAUACUCCUCGCGAUUUGCUUCGCGGAGCCAUAGCUGGAACCAAUGUGGAUCCAUGUUCCCAUCCUUGCAGUCCGCCCCCCAAUCAGCAAAGUCCGUGUGGAAUCCAUGGAACCUGUCGGCCCAAUUUGGAAGACUUUUCCUGUGAAUGUCCCUUGGGAUGGGUUGGCAUCAAUUGCGCCAAAAAGAUGGACCUCACCGGCAUCACUGCUCUCAUCCCCCGUUUCCGUGGGAACAGUUUCCUACACUUGAACCGCGAAGAAUUGGCGAAAAAUGUCCUUGGAAAUACGAAUAGUAUCAACAUCCGCCUCAAAGUGACCUCUGCCAAUGGCCUCAUCCUCUGGACUGGAGGCGACACUUUCACGCCGGCUUCGGACUACUUAAUGCUGGGCAUCCUCGACGGUUAUCUGCAUUAUCGAUUCAAUCUAGGCAAUGGGGAAGGCGUCCUUAUCUUCAACGAGACGAGGAUCAACGAUGGCCGAUGGCAUCGAAUCAGGGCCACAAGGGCUGAACAAACUGCCUCGUUGAAUGUUGACAACGGACACGUGAUUACGGGAGCCUCGCCAGGCAAGCUCAGGCAAUUAAAUGGCAAUGGACAAGUCUAUAUUGGAGGAAUGGAGGAUUUGGAACAUUUGCCGUUGUCUGAAUUCCGUCAUGGUUUGAUGGGAUGCAUUGCGGACAUCACCAUUGGCCGACUCUUUGAUAUCAAAAUGAUGGAAGACUCCAGCGACGGACGGAACGUUGAGAAUUGCCUCGAAGAGUUUUAAACUCGCCAUUUCACCUCACUCAAAGUCACACAUAUCGCGAACAAUUAGCAUAUCACCCAACCACCCACUAUCAUUUCAAAGACGACGCAAAAACGGUACCUUGACCUCGAACCCAUUUCCAUAUCAGUACUUUAGAACUUUCGUUACACCUAUUCUCAUUCAAACGUGCCUCUUCCCACCCAAGAACGUAAUCAUCUUUCGCACUUCAUGAAUUGUUUCGUUACCUAGAUGACUAUUACGAUCAUCCCUACCACCAUUAUCUCUUAUCAAUAGCCUCAAAACAUAUCACCAAAAUUCACUUUUUACGCCACUAUUGUUGAACACUUGAUAUUAAUAGGGAAGUCUAAAAAUCUCACUUUUGAUUGAACGAGAGGAAAACUGGAGCGGAUGUCUGGAAACGAACGAGUGCUCAUAGAUAUUGAACGAUAUUCUUGAAAUACACACCUUAAAACAAGA